AUGUCAGUUUUCUUUUCCUUUGCUUUCCUGGCAGUGAUUCUUGCUCUCGUAGGCUGUAACCAGCGUCGGGGUCCAGAAGGCAGUGGGAGAAGAUUUAACCGGGUUCAGCACGGGCAGUGCACCUACACUUUCAUUCUGCCAGAACAGGACGGGAACUGUCGUGAAAGCACGACAGACCAGUACAACACAAAUGCUCUUCAGAGAGAUGCUCCUCACGUGGAACAGGAUUUCUCUUCCCAGAAGCUGCAACAUCUGGAGCAUGUGAUGGAAAAUUAUACUCAGUGGCUGCAAAAACUUGAGAACUACAUUGUGGAAAACAUGAAAUCAGAGAUGGUGCAGCUGCAGCAGAAUGCUGUGCAGAACCACACUGCCACCAUGCUCGAGAUAGGGACCAGCCUCCUCAGCCAGACAGCAGAGCAGACAAGAAAACUCACGGAUGUUGAAACCCAGGUGCUAAAUCAAACAUCCAGACUCGAAAUUCAGCUACUGGAAAAUUCCUUGUCAACGUACAAACUAGAAAAACAGCUGCUACAACAGACACAUGAAAUCCUAAAAAUUCAUGAGAAAAACAGUUUACUUGAGCACAGAAUUCUAGAAAUGGAAGAAAGACACAAAGAGGAACUGGCCACUUUGAAGGAGGAAAAAGAGAACCUACAAAGCUUAGUCACACGACAAAGCCACAUAAUCCAGGAACUAGAGAAGCAGUUAAACAAGGCAACAAGCAAUAACAGUGUCCUGCAGAAACAGCAGCUUGAAUUGAUGGAUACAGUUCACACCCUGAUCACCCUCUGCUCCAAGGAAGGCGCUGCUAAAAAACAUAAUGCAAAAAAGGAGGAAGAAAAGCCAUUCAGAGACUGUGCAGAUGUAUACCAAUCUGGUUUCAACAAAAGUGGGGUCUACACUAUUUAUAUCAACAAUGUGUCAGAUCCUAAAAAGGUCUUUUGCAAUAUGGAAAUUGCUGGAGGAGGAUGGACAGUUAUACAACACCGAGAGGAUGGAAGUCUGGAUUUUCAGAAAAGCUGGAAAGAAUACAAAAUGGGUUUUGGUAGCCCAUCAGGUGAACAUUGGCUGGGAAAUGAAUUUAUCUUUGCAAUAACAAGUCAGAGGCAAUAUUCUCUGAGAAUUGAAUUAAUGGACUGGGAAGGAAACCGGGCAUAUUCACAAUAUGACAGAUUUCACAUAGGAAAUGAAAAACAGAAUUACAGGCUUUAUUUGAAAGGUCACAGUGGAACUGCUGGAAAACAAAGUAGCCUGAUCUUGCAUGGUGCUGAAUUCAGUACAAAAGACGCUGACAACGACAACUGCAUGUGUAAAUGUGCACUCAUGUUGACUGGAGGGUGGUGGUUUGAUGCCUGUGGCCCCUCCAAUCUCAAUGGGAUGUUCUACACAUCUGGCCAAAACCACGGAAAGCUCAAUGGCAUCAAAUGGCAUUACUUCAAAGGCCCCAGCUACUCCUUGCGCUCCACCACCAUGAUGAUUCGGCCUUUGGACUUUUAA